AUGGCUGUUUAUACUUUCGACUAUCCAACUUUUUAUGAAGCCCUAGCCUUCUUUAGGAACAGGGAAGCACUCAUGCAGUCGCCGCUUCUUGUUCCAGCCUCCGCAUCUCCGUAUCUGGCUGCAGCAAAAGAGGAGGAGCGUUUCUGGAGCGAGGCUGCAUGGGAGUCCUCUCUUGCUGCUGUGGAGUCUUCCGAGGCUCUGGAAGUCUCCUCUGUGACGGCAGAGACGUCUUAUGAGGCUGCAGGGUGCUACUCUGAAGCCUCACAGGAUCAUUCUGCUGGUGCUGAGGAGAUCUCGGACGAGACGCCUUGUGAACCUGUAACGUACGCUCCUGAAACCGCACAAGAUAAUUGUGGCGGUGCUGAGGGCCUGACGGAGACUGCAAAGGCUCCUCUUGAGGCGGCAGAGGAGUCCAGCAGCAGCUGCAGCGACGGUGGCGUGUCCAAGAAGGCGAGCAUCUCUAAAAUCGGAAUUUGCAGCGGUGACAAUCACAGCAGCAGUUUCAGAUUCACCAUUGCGUGGGCGCAAGUCACCAAGGAGGUGAUGAGUGGCGUUUUCAACACCUUCAGAAACGGCAGAAACCAGAAAUCGGCCGAAACUGCAGCAGUGGUGUCUACAGCAGGGACUGCAGCGGUGGGUGGUGCAGUGGGCCCCACUGCAAGCUCAGCUCUUUCGGUUGCAACCGAAGGAUCAGGCUCGAGAAUCACAACAGACAGGCUGAGGGAGCUGCCUUCCCGCAUUCCCAAGCCAAGCAAGGGCAGUGCAGGUGGCGCUGUGAAGCGUGGGACGAGGCUGGCAGCAGCUAGUGCAUGCCUGCCGCCGUCCCUCAUUCCCAAGCCACGGUCAGCCAAGACUGCAGCUGCUGCGGUGGAAACUCUGGGGACGGCCAAUGCUGUGGGCAAAUAA